AACGAUUUUAAUUGAUUUCGUCUCAAUACACGAGACAUAUUUGUGCGUGAGGUUUUGCGAAAAGUGUUACAUUUGUUAAUGCUGGUGUUAAAUAGUGGGAUUUUGUAGUCUAUUGUGUGCCCGGUGCUUGGUAGCGUAUCGAAAGGAGUGCAUUCAGAAGCAGUGAAAAAAGACGCCAUUUUGUAAUGACGAUGCGUUGUACCGCAGUUAUGGCUGUGUGUGCGCGAGAAACGUUCCAUAGUGUGCGUGUGGUGUCUUGCUAGGAGUUUUCAUAGUGUACAUUUUUAUCUCCGUCACAUUCAUCAUUAAACAUCUACCGCGCAACUGCAAAAAACCUUCGACGACUGUCUCACGUACUGCUACUGGCUGCGUAUCGCCACACCCCUUCUCGUUCGUCCGCCGCUUCCUUAACAAACAAAUCAUCAAACUGGCAAAAGUUACCUUUGACACGACGGCUCAUGAGUAGCAUUCGGUCCAGUGAGCGAGAUCGUAUUACUGUGAAGAUUCAUAACAUGAAACGUAGCGCAUCGCGCGAAUCUCCACCCAGAUCAAAGCGACGCAGCAGUAUUGGCCGUUACGACGACAGCUCCGACGAACGAGUAACCCCCGACAGAAUGCGACGACGUGUGGCCCGCUCUCCCAGCCCUCGGGCACGCUAUGCUUCACCGCACCGUGACGAGUACAGCUCGUCCCGCAGCCGGGCCGACAUUGGCAGUAGCGGCGGCGGUGGCGGUGGCGUUGACCGAUACACGUACAAGGUGCUCUGCGUAAGCGCCAUCCACCCGAAAGCGUCGGAAGAGUUCAUCAAGGAAACGCUGUACCGCGAGUACAAGAAGUUUGGCGAUUUUAGCAUUCGCAUUUCGCACGAUUUAGACGAACGGUUGGCUUACGUGUGCUUCCGCACGCCAGAGGAUGCCCGUGAAGCGAAGCAUGCCAAGUCGCGCAUCAUACUUCACGAUAAGGUAGCGCUGGUUGAGCCGGUGUAUGAGUCAUCCAAGACGGAAUCGUACCGUCGGCCACGUUCGGCUUCACCGUCCGAGUACGAUCGCCACUACUAUGCGCGAUCGCCGGGCGUUCCACCGCCGGAUCGUCGUCGUCCACCGGAGCAUCAUCCGUACGAUGGGUAUGGACCACCGCCCGGUGGCCGUAUGCAUCAUCCCGAUUUCAGACCACCAAUGCAUCACGAUUACUUGCCGCGCGGACCACCGAUGCAUCAUCAUGGUCCGCCGCACCUGCAUCCGGGGCCACCGCACCAUCACUACAUGCCACGACCGUACAUGCCCAGACCGCGGGCACCGUUUGAGAAGCCGGAAAACAAAAAGGACAAAUUCCCCAACUAUCUGCAUCACAUCCAGCCGGAAGAUGAUCCACUCGCUACGCGCACUUUGUUUGCGGGCAAUUUGGAAAUUAACAUCUCGGACGAAGAGCUGCGCCGCAUCUUCGGAAAGUACGGGAUGGUGGAAGAUAUUGACAUUAAGCGUCCUGCACCGGGCACGGGCAAUGCGUUCGCAUUCGUUCGCUACCAAACGCUCGAUAUGGCGCACCGUGCAAAGGUGGAACUUUCGGGGCAGUACAUCGGCAAAUUCCAGUGCAAGAUUGGGUACGGUAAAGCGACACCAACAACACGCAUCUGGGUGGGAGGACUCGGCGCCUGGACUUCGGUGACCCAGCUCGAGCGUGAAUUUGAUCGGUUCGGAGCAAUUAAAAAGAUUGAGUACGCAAAGGGUGACAGCCAGGCGUACAUUUUGUACGAUUCGAUCGAUGCAGCGACGGCGGCAGUCAAGGAAAUGCGUGGUUUUGCACUGGGCGGACCGGAACGACGCAUUCGGAUCGAUUUCGCCGAUAACGGGACGGCACCCCCAUUCCCCAAGCGUCCGUUCGAGGAGGGUGGUGCGGCCGGUGGUGAAUAUCGUCGCGUACCGGAGUACGAGUAUCCCGAGGGUGCUCCGCCGUACGAUGACGUGCCACCGGGUUACGGUGGUGGUGGUUACGGGGCGCGUUCCUUCCGUGGGCGCGGCAGUGGUGCCGGUGGUGGCGGUAGCGGUGGUUACCGUGGGCGCGGUGGUGGCAGUGGAAGCUUCCGCGGUGGCUUCCACCACGAAGGGCACCGACCGGCCGGAGGAGCCGGCGGUCCACCACACCAUGGACCGGGCGGAGAGGAGGAAUGGCGCCGCCCGGCGGGUGGUGCUGGUGAAGCGGGCGAGUAUGAUCAGCGACGCCGUUCGGGUUCGCGCGAGCCGGGUGGUAUCGAUCGGUCACGUUCCCGGUCACCCCGUCGCCGCAGUCCAGCCGAUUCCGAUUCGGAUUCUUCGACACGGCGCAAUGGUGUGCUGACGGGCGCCCGGACACUUUCGGAGGUGGCACGAAAGUCGAGCACCGUCUGGCAGGGUGCGCUUAUACUGAAGAGCUCGCUCUUCCCGGCCAAAUUCCACCUGACCGAUGGAGACGCAGACAUUGUCGAUGGGCUGAUGAAGGACGAGGAUGGUAAGCACCAUCUGCGCAUUACGCAGCGUUUGCGGCUCGAUCAACCAAAGCUGGAAGAUGUGCAGAAGCGCAUUUCGACCUCCUCCUCGCAUGCCAUCUUCCUCGGGUUGCCCGGCUCUUCCAGCCCGUCCGUAUCGUCUGAUGAUGCAAGCGUGCAGACGCGCCCGCUGCGCAACUUGGUCACGUACCUAAAGCAGAAGGAAGCAGCCGGCGUCAUUUCGCUGCUGAACAAGGAAACGGAAGCGACGGGCGUACUCUACACGUUCCCGCCCUGCGAGUUCUCGACCGAGCUGCUCAAGCGCACCUGUCACACGCUGACGGAGGAGGGUCUGAAGGAGGAUCACCUAGUGAUUGUGGUUGUGCGUGGUGGGACCGCCUAGGAGCGGGAGGAUGAUUCUGACGAUCACGACGGCCCACCGACGGAUCUGAAGAAGAAAAAGUGUAAGAAAAAUGCAAGCAAAACCAGUAAGAAGGUAGAUAAGCAGCAACCACCACCCUCAGCAUUAUCAUCGUCUACCGAGUAAAGCAAAACAAAACAAAACAAACAAACAAACAAACAAAAUUGGGACGCAAAGCAGAAAACGACGACACGCUCUGCUGGAAUAUUUAUAGUUGACUAAGAAGAAUCUUUUUUUUUACCUCUACGCUGCUCUCCCGUUAAGUGUAAGCUGCUGUGGGUUGUCAUCAUCCCAGCAGGAGCAGGACCCACUGGAGAAAGAGAGGGAGAGAGAGAGAGCUUAACGGAUUUUACUUGAUGCUUAGAGCUACGCGAUAUGCGCGUAUCGAUUAUAUAGUUUGCGCUUUUGUUUUACGUUCAUAUAACAAAAAACACAUGAAGAUUUGCUACUUUUGUGCACCAAUAAUUGCUAUUGAUGCCGCGAGUAACGAAGAACUGUAUUAUAAACUCUUACGACGUAAUAUAUAUAUACAUAACAAUAAUAAUCUACAACCAUCGUAAGUACACAUGCUCAUCUCAUCUCACGUCUGGUGUGUGUGUGUGUGUGCGGCGGCGCGUGUCUCAUCACAACGGGAAGGCAGGGGGGGCGAGCUGCUGCACCUCAUCAUUAUAUGAACAUAAAACUCUUUUACCACAAACGAGUGUGUCGUACAUCAUAUUGUUUGGUUUUGUUAGGGGGGAAGGCGAGUGUGUGUGUGUGAUCAUCAUAGUGGAACAGGAAAGCGAUAUGUGAGUUUUGCGGGGGCCGCACGCGUGUUCACAAGUGGUGCGUGUUUAUCGCUCCCCCAACCCCCUCUCUGCGUUAUUUGUUGCCACCGGUGUAAGUUCGUGCGUGAAUAUUUGUGCAUGUGUGUGUGUACGGCGAGUGUGUUUUUACCCUGUGCGAAGUGAGGCGCGCGCGAGAGUAGCAAAAGAGAAUUAGCUUUUUGGUCAGUUUUAAAUCACCUGUUUCGCAACUUUCAUUUCAUAAGGUCUGGGAAAAGAUCAGGAUAGUCCAUCGUGUCACAAGUGGCCAGGGUUGGAAAUUUUCUGGAGAACAGUUGUGUGAGGUAUCGUUUGCAAUUGAUUUUCGGAUAUUUUAUUAGAGGGAAACAGCGGCGGAAAAUCGAGCUCGUAAUAGUGCAUUAAAAUGUACAAGCAACAAAAGAAUUUCGUUAAAUAUGUUCUUUUAUUAAACAAAUUUGUUGUGUAUCUCCUUUCUCUACCGCUAAACAACUCGACGAAAUAACUUUGUUUUAAAAUUAUUCAGAUUAUAUAUGCUAUCUACAUUCCGUGUUCAUCUAUACCUAGCCCCGCUCCCGAGUAAUGUAUCUGAUCAACUGCAAACUGGAAACACGACUAUGAUUAUACGAUCCUUUUGUCUUGCUAUCUAGACUAAUGAAAGGUGUUUUUUCUCUCUGCUAAGACCAUCCGGUGUUAGUUUCUUCUCACAGUAAAUGUUUUGUUUGUGUAAUGUGAAGCGGGAAAGGCCUCAGCCGAUAAGUUUAUUUAUGAAUAUCAUCAAUAUCAACUUGUGACUUUAGUAACGAUGAAGUAGUAUAAUAUAAAGAUAUAUCCCCCCCGCCCGUUAGAAAACAUGUCUAACGCGCUACAUAUGCGGUACCAUCAGACGGAUGGAGCAAAAGUUGUUCAUUGCAGCACAGUUUAAAUGAUAAUACAAAUAAAAAUUACUAACUUUGACAAAGGCAAAGGACACGCAGCAAGCGCAACGAGAGAGGAACGAAAGGAAUGGCGUGCACAAGUGAUGAACAUACGCAGCAAGAUACUUAUAUGAUGCAGACACAUAUAACUGACAGGAGCAAACGUGCAAAACACACAGAGACUAAAGCUUUUUUUCUGGGGCACGAAUAUAACAAUUCUAUUGCAUUAUGAUGGUGUAAGUGUGUAAGAAGUCAAUGCAUGCAUAGAAAGAGCGCGCGACGCAUCUCUAGAGAUAAUAAAUAAUAAACAUACAUUUAAUCGAGUA